UCACAAUCAAACCGAACCGCGCCAGCAUCGCGCACACACAGAGGCCUUUCUCUCGGUGCGCACGCACACAGCCCCAGAGCCGGGCGUGUACCGAUCAGGGCGCAAUACUUCGCAUCUCUUUAUUUGCAAGCCGUGCACGAUCCGGCCAGAUCAGUACGUGCGAGUCGAUUGAACGGUGCGAACGCGCAUGCAGUGGGCAAAGUGCGCACAAACGAAAAUUACCACACACAUACACGGAUAAACAGAGACAGAUGUGAUCAUGUCGCUCACGGUGGAGCUGUUCGAUCUUCCAGCACACCAGUUCCGGGUGCUUUGGGGCGCUUCCGGCAGCAUGUGGCAGUCGCUGUGGGACCGUUUCCUCGACUUCACCGGUGAUAACCCGCUCGCCCUUUGGACCGUCGGGUCGUACGUGUACACCUCGCUGGUCUACUGGAGCAUCGGGCUGGCCUACACGCUGCUGGACGUGACCGGGCGGCCGGCGGUCCUGCGCCGGUACAAGGUGCAGCCCGGCACGAACGAACCGGUCGACCCGGCCCGGCUGCGCACCGUCAUCCGGCAGGUGCUGUUCAACCAGUUCUGCACCGGGCUGCCGCUGCUCUUCCUCAUGUACUACCUGCUGCCGGGGCAGACGCGCGACACGAUCCGCCAGCUGCCCACCUUCGUGACCGUCGUCUGGCAGCUCGCCGUGUGCAUCCUGAUCGAGGAGGUGAUGUUCUACUACAGCCACCGGUUGCUGCACGACGGCCGCAUCUACCGGUACAUCCACAAGCGGCACCACGAGUGGACGGCCCCGAUCGCGAUCACCGCGAUGUACGCGCACCCGGUCGAGAACGUGCUCAGCAAUCUGCUGCCGAUUGCGGUCGGCGUGUGGACGACCGGGUGCCACAUCUCGGUCGCGUGGCUGUGGUUCACGCUCGCCAUCUCGAACACGCUGCACGUGCACUCCGGCUACCAUUUGCCGCUGCUGCCCAGCCCGGAGCAGCACGAUUUCCAUCAUCUGAAAUUCAACCAAUGCUACGGCGUGCUCGGUGUGCUGGACUGGCUGCACGGCACGAGCGAAACGUUUCACCGGUCGAAGCAGGCGAAGCGGGACUACAUCAUGACCAGCCUGGAGCCGGUACGAGAAACCCAUCCCGAUCAGUAGCUCCUGUAACGCAACGAGCGUGUCCAGAGGGGAAAUCGUCUUCCGAGGACCAUUUAAUAUGUUGUUAUGUUAGAGCAGCCGCUAUAUGACUAAGCUUGGCUGGUAUCAAGCCCAGCGAAAAACCUGUUUUGAACCAACGGAACAGGAGCAAAACACAAUUACAAAGAGAGUACAUAUCUAUAUAUUUUUAUAAAAUAAACAUAAAAUGUUUGCAAAAA